UUGCUGGGGUUCGGCAAGGUUUGCAGCCGCCACGGCCGCUGCUGCGCUCCGGUGCAGGGCAGGCUGGCGCCGAGCGAACCAGGGCCAAGAGCCGGGAGCCGGGAGCCGGGAGCUGGGAGCCAGCUGCCCGCGGAGCUGCGGCGGCGGCAGCAUUUGGGGUGGUCUCAGUCCCACGAACACCGUGGCUGGCGCCCUGUGGCUUCUGCGCCCAGCGGGGCUCAGGGAGGAACGGUCUAGACACUUUUUAUUUUAGAAGAAAGGGGCAAGCCCCGGGGGAAGCUUCCUUCCCGGCCUGGCUGGCUCCCCAGUGCGCCCAGCUCCGGCCCGGACUCUGAAAGAUGACUCCAGGGUCUGCUCUGUAUAUUCCAGCGGCGGCGGUUCCGGGAGGCAGCCGAAAGUAGUAACAGUUGGUAGCAGCGGCUGGUGGAAAAGUGAGCCGAGGCGGCGCGGACUCCGCUCUCCCCGCGCCCCGCGGCACUCGCUGCUCCUCGCCGCUCCUUCUCCUUGGCUCCCAGGCGGCUGCAGCAUGAAGUGGCGCAGCGAUGGCCAGGAGAGGUAAGAAGCCCGUGGUGAGAACGCUGGAGGAUCUGACGCUGGACUCGGGUUAUGGUGGCGCGGCGGACUCGGUGCGCUCCUCCAACUUGUCUUUGUGCUGUUCUGACUCGCACCCGGCGUCCCCGUAUGGCGGGAGCUGCUGGCCGCCUCUAGCUGACUCCAUGCACAGCCGGCACAACAGCUUUGACACCGUCAACACUGCCCUGGUGGAAGACUCCGAGGGGCUGGACUGCGCCGGCCAGCACUGCUCGCGGCUGCUGCCGGACCUAGACGAGGUCCCCUGGACUCUCCAGGAGCUGGAGGCGCUGCUGCUGCGUUCGCGGGAUCCCCGGGCAGGCCCGGCGGUCCCCGGCGGCCUGCCCAAGGACGCGCUGGCCAAGCUGUCGACGCUGGUGAGCCGGGCGCUGGUGCGCAUCGCCAAAGAGGCGCAGCGCCUGAGUCUGCGCUUCGCCAAGUGCACCAAGUACGAGAUCCAGAGCGCCAUGGAGAUCGUGCUAUCCUGGGGCCUGGCCGCACACUGCACGGCGGCUGCGCUGGCCGCACUGUCCCUCUACAACAUGAGCAGCGCCGGCGGCGACCGCCUGGGCCGCGGCAAGUCGGCACGCUGCGGCCUCACCUUCUCCGUGGGCCGCGUGUAUCGCUGGAUGGUGGACAGCCGCGUGGCGCUGCGCAUCCACGAGCACGCCGCAAUCUACCUGACAGCCUGCAUGGAGAGCCUCUUCCGGGACAUCUAUUCGCGGGUCGUGGCCUCUGGUGUGCCCCGGAGCUGCAGUGGCCCUGGGUCAGGCUCGGGCUCCGGCCCAGGCCCGAGCUCAGGCCCCGGUGCGGCCCCAGCGGCGGAUAAAGAGCGGGAGGCGCCCGGGGGAGGAGCGGCGAGCGGCGGCGCCUGCAGCGCAGCCAGCAGCGCCAGCGGGGGCAGCAGCUGUUGCGCCCCGCCGGCCGCGGCGGCCGCCGCAGUCCCGCCGGCAGCCGCAGCCAACCACCACCAUCACCACCACCAUGCGCUCCACGAGGCGCCCAAGUUCACCGUGGAGACCCUGGAGCACACGGUCAACAACGACUCGGAGAUCUGGGGUCUCCUGCAGCCCUACCAGCACCUCAUCUGCGGGAAGAACGCCAGCGGGGUGCUGUGCCUACCAGACAGCCUGAAUCUUCACAGAGACCCACAGCGGUCAAACAAGCCAGGAGAACUGCCCAUGUUCAGCCAGUCGGAGCUGAGGACCAUCGAGCAGUCUUUGCUGGCCACGCGCGUAGGCAGCAUCGCAGAACUGAGUGACCUGGUGUCCCGUGCAAUGCAUCACCUGCAGCCCCUCAAUGCCAAGCACCACGGCAAUGGCACCCCCCUGCACCACAAGCAGGGGGCGCUGUACUGGGAGCCCGAGGCCCUGUACACCCUUUGCUAUUUCAUGCACUGCCCGCAAAUGGAAUGGGAAAACCCCAACGUGGAGCCUUCCAAAGUCAACCUACAGGUGGAAAGGCCCUUCCUCGUGCUGCCGCCGCUGAUGGAGUGGAUCCGGGUGGCCGUGGCGCACGCCGGCCACCGCCGCAGCUUCUCCAUGGACAGCGACGACGUCCGCCAGGCGGCCCGGCUGCUGCUGCCCGGCGUGGACUGCGAGCCGCGCCAGCUGAGGGCCGACGACUGCUUUUGUGCAUCUCGGAAGCUGGAUGCAGUGGCCAUCGAAGCCAAGUUUAAGCAGGACCUGGGUUUCCGGAUGCUGAACUGUGGACGAACAGACUUGGUGAAGCAGGCGGUGUCUCUGCUGGGGCCUGAUGGGAUCAAUACCAUGAGUGAACAGGGCAUGACUCCCCUGAUGUAUGCCUGUGUCCGUGGGGACGAGGCGAUGGUUCAGAUGCUGCUGGAUGCCGGAGCUGACCUGAAUGUGGAGGUUGUCAGUACUCCUCAUAAAUAUCCAUCCGUCCACCCCGAGACCCGCCAUUGGACGGCUCUGACUUUUGCUGUGUUGCAUGGACAUAUUCCUGUAGUUCAGCUCCUUCUGGAUGCUGGGGCCAAGGUGGAAGGCUCGGUGGAGCACGGCGAGGAGAACUACUCGGAAACGCCCCUCCAGCUGGCAGCUGCUGUAGGAAAUUUUGAGCUGGUUAGUUUGCUGUUGGAGCGUGGUGCCGAUCCCCUGAUAGGAACCAUGUACAGGAAUGGAAUUUCUACAACCCCCCAGGGUGAUAUGAACUCUUUCAGCCAGGCUGCAGCCCACGGACACAGGAAUGUGUUCCGCAAACUGCUCGCCCAGCCAGAGAAGGAGAAGAGUGAUAUCCUGUCCCUGGAGGAGAUUCUGGCUGAGGGGACUGACCUGGCAGAGACAGCCCCGCCCCCCCUGUGUGCCAGCCGCAACAGCAAGGCCAAACUGAGGGCCCUGAGGGAGGCCAUGUAUCACAGCGCUGAGCAUGGCUACGUGGAUGUCACAAUUGAUAUCAGGAGCAUAGGCGUCCCGUGGACUCUACACACAUGGCUGGAGUCUUUGCGGAUCGCCUUCCAGCAGCACCGCAGGCCUCUCAUCCAGUGCUUGUUAAAGGAGUUUAAGACCAUUCAGGAGGAGGAAUACACGGAGGAGCUCGUGACCCAAGGCCUGCCCCUGAUGUUUGAGAUCCUGAAAGCCAGCAAGAACGAAGUGAUCAGCCAGCAGCUGUGCGUCAUCUUCACACACUGCUACGGGCCCUACCCCAUCCCCAAGCUCACGGAGAUCAAACGGAAACAGACCUCACGCUUGGAUCCUCAUUUUCUUAACAAUAAAGAAAUGUCUGAUGUUACCUUUCUGGUAGAAGGAAGACCAUUUUAUGCUCACAAAGUACUGUUAUUUACAGCCUCUCCAAGGUUCAAAGCACUCCUCUCCAGUAAGCCAACAAAUGACAGCACCUGCAUAGAGAUCGGUUAUGUGAAAUACUCCAUCUUUCAGCUGGUUAUGCAGUAUCUCUACUACGGUGGCCCAGAGUCACUGCUCAUUAAGAACAAUGAGAUCAUGGAGCUUCUGUCUGCUGCUAAGUUUUUCCAGCUGGAGGCUUUGCAGCGACACUGUGAGAUUAUCUGUGCGAAAAGCAUCAAUACCGACAACUGUGUGGAUAUUUACAACCAUGCCAAGUUUCUUGGCGUCACGGAGCUCUCAGCAUAUUGCGAAGGCUACUUUCUCAAAAACAUGAUGGUCCUCAUUGAAAACGAAGCAUUCAAGCAGCUCCUGUAUGACAAAAAUGGUGAAGGGACCGGCCAGGAUGUGCUCCAGGAUUUACAGAGGACGUUGGCCAUCAGAAUUCAGUCCAUCCACUUGUCAUCUUCCAAAGGUUCCGUGGUUUGAAAUGCCCAGUGCAGCGAAUGCUUCCCGGGAACCUUCCAGUUCUCCUGCCGCAUUGGCUUUACACAAACACAGACAAAUUCCACCUGGCACCUGUUUUUGGCUGGGCCAAGGAGCUGCCUCUACUGCUCCCACGUGUUCCUGUUGAAAAACAAAGGACUUUCCACCGGUCUGCAGAUCAGAUCAGCUGGGUCCAGAGCUUAAUGGGCAGCUGGACAACCAAGUUAACCCCAACCAAAAGCACCCCUAGGACCUUUGAACACCCACUGCCGGGGACCACUGUCCAAUGAAUGGAUUGAGGCCUUUCAAAGGUCACUCAGGUUCCAUGUUGACAGUUGGAGGACUUCACCGUACCGACCCUGAAGGGAUUGUAUUACACAUUGAGGACCUUGGUAGCUGUGCUUCAGCAAACGCACCGUACCGACCCUGAAGAGAUUGUAUUACACAUUGAGGACCUUAGUAGCUGUGCUUCAGCAAACGUCAACCAUGGUAGUAAAUUGGUGAGGCUGUGACCCAUAAUGAGGAAAUAAUUUGGCAAAUUUUUAGGGGUGGGAACUUUUUAAAAUGUUCAUUUAAAAAAAACAAAAACAGGGCAGUCUUGUAGUUUAAAAUAUAUUUCUAAAAGCUUAACAGUUCGUUUUCAACUAAAUUGUGUUUAGGGAUCUGUGUUUUGAGAUUUUUCUUUCUUUUCUUUUUUAAAUAGUAAGUCACAGGUCCACACUGUGUAAACAUGCAUCUGAUAAGAUACUGCUGAUAUUCUAAACAAGUCGAAAUAAUCUUGCCUUAGUGAUCAUGAUUACACAAAAGAGGUGCACUGCCAAUAAGUAUCUCUAAUUCAAUAGUUGAAAACAACCUGCAUGCUAAUCGUGGUUUCGGGGUGAGAAUAAAACACCCCCACAUAACAUGCAUUUGCAUGGGUCCGAACCUGUGAAAUGUUACGUUUGUGCUUCAUUUUUGCCAACGUAAAAAUGUUCCAUCAUUUCUAGCUAAAACUCCAUUUGGUGAAACCAACAUAUCCAUUUCUUUUCCUAGUUAUGGAUGAUUUGGGGAUGCUUUUGCAGAAAUGUGUUCACAGAUGAUGCUGAAUGGGGGGAGGGGGGCAGCACGUCAGAGAAUUUACUAUUAAUCCCAGAGUUUUCUCUGUAUUCUCAGAAGAUGUUAAUAGUUUGUUACUAGCCAGAGAGUAUGACUAUGUUAGAUUAUUUUUAAAGAUGAAACAUGUACGAUAGGAUGAAUUCUUUCUGUAUUCUGAGAGUGUACAGUAUAGGAUUAUUAUAAUGGAAGUUUAUAUCAACAGGGUUUCGUUGGCUCUGCCAUAUAUUGUAAGCAAAAGAGAUUGGUAAAGGGCCACAGUAUUCCAGAUAACUUUUCAGUUGCGGCCUUUCUUCUCGUUCUUUAAUUUGAAACCUAGAUACAUGCAGUAAAAACUAGGAGAAUGACUUUUAUCCUUGGGGAUGGCCAAGUUUUGUUGAUAAACCUAUUUCCUAGCAUGCCUUCAGGAAGCUGCGCCAGACCCUAGAUUGUGAAGGAGCCACUGUUCUUCUAUUGUACGAGCUCCCUGAACCAUUGUUCAGAGGACCAACGUAACAUCGCUUCAUGGGCAUGGCCCAUGGAGCAUCUGGGUGACAUCUGUCUACAGUAUUGGCUCUUCUGCGAGGCUGAUACACAAGGCCUCUCUUCCACAUGGUCAUUUGCAAACCUCCCCCAGCCCCUACCAUCCAAUGUGGAAGGAAAACAAGAACUGCCUGAAGAAGAGUCCAAGCUACAGAUACACAGCGUGUGCAUCGCGGCUGUCACCUUCCUCCUCCCUCUUCUGUAUCCCCAGAGAUGCUGCGUGGAUGUUUCCUUAACCUCAGCUGACUUCCCUGUGAAUGUCAUAAUGCUAGUUCAGGGCCUCCAGGCAUUGAUUUGUACAGUGGCAACUCCCAAUGGGGCUUCUGUUAUCGUUUGGUGUGCUUUCUCUGUCAUUAAAAGAAAUGAUUUUCCGAG